AUUGGUUGUCAAACGUAUUGAAUGUGUGUCUCAUUUGGCGCUCAUUUGAUGUUUUGAUUGCGUUUGAUAUAAAUGUUUGGUUUUAAGACAACUAUUAUUUGAUUGUCUUUAUUGUCAUUUGAUUCACGUUUAAGACUAACAUUUAGUGUCCAAUAAAUCAAACAAAUGGCUCAAAGACAGAGAGGACGCCAAAGGGAUGUCGAGAUAAUGGACGACAAGGAAAACGAGAGUCUGGAAGACGACCAAAGUGUGGACGAGACGACUGCUGAGGAAGAAUUGGAUCAAAAUUUCACACCAAUUAACAAAUUAGAAGGAAAUGGCAUCACUAACGGUGAUAUCAAGAAAUUACAAGAAGCCGGUCAUCAUACGGUUGAAUCAGUGGCUUAUGUCACCAAAAAUAGUUUACUCAAAAUUAAAGGCAUUUCUGAACAAAAGGCUGAUAAGAUUAUUGCGGGUGCAAUGAAAUUGGUUCCGAUGGGCUUCUCGACCGCCACUGAAUACCAUAUCAAACGCUCAGAUAUUGUGGUCAUAACAACCGGAUCUAAAGAGUUGGACAAUCUAUUGAAAGGAGGUGUUGAGACGGGAUCUAUAACUGAGAUGUUCGGAGAGUUCCGAACCGGGAAAUCGCAAUUAUGUCAUCAAAUGGCCGUUACGUGUCAGUUGCCCUUCGAUGACGGCGGGGCUGAAGGAAAGUGUUUAUUCAUUUGCACUGAAGGCACGUUCAGACCCGAGCGGUUCAUUGAUAUCGCUCGACGAUAUAAACUCAAUGAAAAUCAAGUGUUGGAUAACAUUGCGUACGCCCGCGCCUACAAUAGUGAUCAUCAAACACAGCUACUCAUAGAAGCUGCGCAUAUGAUGUCUGAGUCAAGAUAUGCGCUUCUUGUGGUUGAUAGCGCUACUGCUCUUUAUAGGACUGAUUUUUGCGGCAGAGGAGAGUUGGCCGCCCGUCAAAUGCAUUUGGCCAGAUUUAUGCGAAUGCUUCAACGAUUGGCAGAUCAGUUUGGUGUAGCCGUAGUCAUCACCAAUCAAGUUGUCGCUAAUGUUGACGCCAGUGCUAUGUUUUCGGCCGACACUAAAAAACCAAUAGGUGGUCAUAUUAUGGCUCACGCAUCCACUACUCGACUAUACCUCAAGAAAGCCAAAGGAGAGAACAGAAUUUGUCGCGUUUAUGACUCUCCGAAUCUGCCCGAAGCUGACGCCAGCUUUUCUAUCAAUGCCGAUGGUAUUGGAGACCCAAAAGAAUAG